AUGAUGCACCUUAGGCCAAUUGAACUAAAUCCGGAAAAUAUAAGUGGUAUUGCAGGGUCAAUUUCUAUUGCAUGCUGGGUGAUUGUGUUCGUCCCACAGAUAUAUGAAAAUUUCUACAGAAGAUCAUCUGAUGGUCUUUCGCUUCUUUUUGUUGUAUUAUGGCUGGCAGGUGACGUUUUCAAUCUGCUAGGAGCGAUGAUGCAACAUCUUCUGACCACAAUGAUUGUACUUGCUGCAUAUUAUACUAUUGCAGAUGUCGUAUUGUUAGGUCAAUGUCUCUGGUAUGAUAGUGAGGAGAAGAUCGAUCCAGUUCACUUAUCACCAGCCAACCCACUGAACGAAAAUGUACUACAAGAUAUUUUCAAUGAAAACGAACCCUUACUACUAAGUAACGGUCAAGCAAACAUUAUACAGAAUAACGAAGAUAGAAGUUCAUCAAAUCUUGAUGAAAUAAUUGAAAAUGAGGAUGCUGAAGAGAUAAUAAAACAAAAUUAUUUAAGUGACAGUUCAGUGGUUUUCAUUGUCAUCUUAGCAGGAUUCAUAUCAUGGUAUGUUACAUACUGUCACACAUCCCAUACAAAUCCGCCAGAAAAGACGUUACCAUUGAAGACAAAUUGGUUGGCUCAGUUAUUUGGAUAUCUAAGUGCUUUCCUCUAUCUGGGUUCAAGAAUCCCACAAAUUCUACUCAAUUAUAAGAGGAAAUCAUGUGAAGGUAUCUCCUUUUUAUUCUUUUUAUUUGCAUGUUUGGGGAAUAUAACCUUCAUAAUAUCGGUCCUAACUAUUUCCAUGGAUAUUAAGUAUCUAAUCUUGAAUUUAUCGUGGUUACUCGGUAGUUCUGGAACUCUGGUUUUAGAUUUCAUUAUAUUCGUACAAUUCUUUGCGUAUGGUAAGGGUAUCAGAGUAUACCGAAAGAGGAAGAAUGGACAAAACAGUAGCAGCGUUAGCAACAACUCCACCGUUUGA